AUGUCUCGACGUGGCUACGACGACGACAAGUCCCAAGGUAUUAUUAGAGAUCUCUCUUCCCUGGGUGCUAGGUGUGAGCUUGCGAAACCAGAUGUGUCAAUCAAAGAUGAUAUUCGCCGGGCACUCCGGCAAUCGCCUAAACCAAUCGGGGGUAUUAUUCAUGGUGCCCUGGUAUUAAGAGAUUUACACGGCUAUGACCGUAGAGCAAUUCCCUGA